GGGGAGGAGUCGGCGAGGGUUGGAAUCGAGAGAGGGGGAGGAGAGGAGAGAAGAGGGAAGGGGUUGAUGGGGAUCCGGUUCGUGUUGCUGGUGAACAAGCAAGGGCAGACGCGGCUGGCGCAGUACUACGCGGAGCACCUCACCCUCGACGAGCGCCGCGCCCUCGAGGGCGAGAUAGUCCGCAAAUGCCUCGCCCGCACCGACCAGCAGUGUUCAUUUGUCGAGCAUCGGAACUAUAAAAUUGUCUACAGACGCUAUGCGUCACUUUUCUUCUUGGUAGGGGUUGACAAUGAUGAGAAUGAGCUAGCAAUAUUGGAAUUCAUACAUCUAUUUGUUGAGACAAUGGACCGUCAUUUUGGCAAUGUGUGUGAGCUUGAUAUCAUGUUCCAUCUUGAGAAGGCACACUUCAUGCUGGAAGAGAUGGUAAUGAACGGAUGCAUUGUCGAAACAAGCAAGUCAAACAUUUUAAUGCCGAUACAACUCAUGGACAAGGCCUCUUAAUUCACUGUAUCUGAGACACCAUUUCUGCCACUUUUAUUUUUUUUCGUUGUCCAUGAAACAACUGAAGAAAGCAAGAAAUGUUAUAGGCUUAUAGCGACCUGUUUUUAUUUGCAGCAUUCUGCGUCUGAUGCUUUUGUGGAAUUGGCUGAGAUGUUGAAUGAAUAAUGUUCUCUGCUUUCUGGCUGA